AUGGAAGUGCAAGGGGAUCCGCACACAGGAGGUGCGAUGGCGACGAUGGCUCCCAUGACGCAGAAGCUGACGUAUCUGAUUACGAAGGAGCUGUCGCAGAAGGAGUCUCCGACGAUUAAGCUCAUAGAACUGAACAUUUCCAGCCUUCCAGAAGAGGCGGUGGAGCUGCUGCACACGGUGGAACGGCUGUCGCUGCAGCGGAACCAACUGACAACGCUACCGACGAGCUUCCGCAACCUGACGAAGCUGCGUUACCUCGACCUACACGGGAACAGGCUUGCGGAGAUCCCCGCGAUCCUGCUGCAGUGCCCGCACCUGGAGAUUGUGGACUUGUCCUCGAACGAGAUUUCGGCGCUGCCGCAGGAGUAUUCGCCGCUGUGGUGCAGCAACGUGAAGGUGCUAUCGCUGAAGAACAACCGCGUGCGAUCGCUGCGGGACCUCUACGCAACAAUAACGCAGCUGAAGGCUCUGACGAUUUUGGAGAUAGACGGCAAUAAGAUUCCGAAGGAGGAGCUUGAUCACGUGACGUCUCAUGUGCCAACUAAGUCGCUGCCUCCUGAGGAGUACUGGCUGAUGGCGCUGCGUAAGUACAUGCAGGACUUUCCACAGGGUAUGCCUGCUGCAGGUGCAAAGACUGCGCGUGCGGCGAAGCGGAUGGGCUUCAUCGGUGCUGAAGAGUCAGGAUCUGCGAUGCACUCGGCGCCGGCGCAGGACUCGGAUUUGAUCUCGCACUCCAAGUACAACGACUACUUUAAACGACUGUCGGUCCUUCCCGAGGAAACCAGUAGUUCCACCCAUGCCAGUGCGUCCUCCGAAACACGGGUGUCUCAUGAGGAUCUUGUGGUAGGAUGCCGGAAGCUGCUUUUCUCGUUCACCGAGUGCCAACAAAAUAUCCGUAAAAUCACCUCCCUCUGCGCAGACAAAUCGGUUGCUGUAAAUAUGGUUUCCUUGCUAUACACAGUCCGCUCGCAUAUCGAUAAUUUGGUGGAGGUGCUAGAACAGGCCGAAGAUACCCCGGAUACCAAUGUCCACGAUCAGCUCCUUGUGAACCUUUGCGUUGGAAUAAUAUCAGUAUUCAAGCAAAUCAUUUCAUUACUUCGGAAAAACUUUGAUGCAUUCUUCCGAGCAAACGACGUCUGCUUCACACGAAUGUUUUACAUGACACUGUUAUGUUCCUAUACCGAAAUGUGCAAUGUGUGGAACCUGGUGGUCCCAGAGAAUAUUAAGAGGAAGAGGCCGGUUGUUACUCCACGGCAGCGCUCUUUCAGUGUCCAAACACACCAUUCUUUCAAACACCUGCCACCCAGGCAGCGCUCGAAUACACUCCAGCGUGGGACGCCUUCCUCUUCUGCACUGCAGCCACUGCAGCCACCUUUGAUUAACCAGUUGCCACUCAAUUCACCGCCCAGUUCCAAAAAUACUACACCACUAUCCAACUUAUCGACUCCCCCUCCCCCAACUAAUAUUCCUUCAUCGUUGACUGGAUCAACCAUCUUGGAUCCGAGAGCAGAUGCUUCGCCAAGGACCAUGAGAUCAGACUCGCAGAUACAUUCGCCUAAUAUAAAACGUCCACAGGACUCACAACUAUCUGCGGAACAAAGUAACCAACAUGCGGGUCCAUCGGGGGAAAUGAAUAUCGAUACACAGCUAUACCAUACCCUUAGAACAGUUAUUGGGAUGGUAAACGUGGUUUAUGCACAAUUGACGCAAGCCAUUCAGAAGACUGCUAUUGCAAGUACAACAGAUGAUCAUCCAGGUAUAACUCCCGCUAUUGCUGCUAAGAUUAAAGAUCUCACGGAAACUUGCUUCCAGUCCAUGGAACUGUCCAAGGUUUUGAAAUCGCGCCUGUCUCUGAUCACUUCUACGGAGUCGGAGCAGUACAAUACCAACGCAGAGAAGCUCAAUACAUGGGAGGAUAUCAAUGCUUUUUUGAAAUCUAUUAUUGCAAUUUUAGCCAACACCAAACUAAUUAUGAAGGAUCUACCUGUGCUGAACGAAGUGCGGCCUAAUUUAGCAUCUCUGGCCAAGAUUACCAAAGAUGUGACCGUUAUCCUGGACAUGAGCUCAUACAGAACGGUGUCCGCAUCCACGCAGCCUGCCCAGCAGCCUUCUGCACACGGACCCGGUUCACAAUUGCAGACGCCACAAGAAGGUACUGAACACUACAUUAACUUGUCUGGCAACCACAGCAUCAAUACCCCUCUGUCCACUCCCUCUUUGGUGACAAGCCAUGUAAACAAUCCUUUUGACCAACUAUAG